UGCAGAGCAUGGACUUGACCUCCGCUCCUCUUUAAAUCGCAGAGCAACUCUCAUGCUUAUCAGUGGCACUCUGGAACCGGCAUUCUUCCUGUCGCUCUCUCUCUCCCACACCUCAGCCAUGGGUAAGGAGGGGGAAAAGAGUCAUCAGGCACAGAUGGGAGGAGAAAUCUGCCAGUGGUUGCUAUCGCUUGAAAGUCAGCGAAAAGCUCGGAGCAAUAGGGAGUGAGGUGAAUGCACAAGAGAAUAACUACCAAGAGGAUACAUAACAAGGGGAUACAAUACGUAUUCUGCUCAUUGAGUUAGACAAACACAUGGUCUACUUGGAAGAAGCAGAGAAUCAUGGGCAGUUGGAAAGGCAUUAAAGAACAUAUCUUCAGAGAGGUGUUGGAAGACCGUUCCCGGACUUCUUUUAAUAGCCUCAAACAUUUACUUCGGUUGACACUCAUGUAGAGGUGACUGAUGUGUCAUUAGCAUGUAAUUGAGCAGAAUGGGAAAUGCAUUGCGAAGUGUCAUGGCUUUCAUUCCAUCAGAGCGUUGCCAGCGCUUCUUGGUGGGAGACCUAAAAGAAAUGCCAUUUGAUCGGGCUGUGGACCUGAGCAGCCGACAGCUACGGCGGCUCCCUAGUCCUGUGUGUGUCUUUGGGGAGCUGGUAAAGUUGUACCUGAGUGACAACAACCUGAACAGCUUGCCCCCUGAAGUUCAAAGCCUGAGGAAACUCCAACUGCUGGCCCUGGAUUUCAACUGUUUUGAUGAGCUACCUGAAGUUGUUUGCAGGCUAACCCACCUGAAUAUACUCUACCUGGGCAACAACAGGCUCUAUAGACUCCCAAGAGAACUGGAAGACCUUAAGGAGCUUAAUACUCUGUGGCUGGAGACUAACUGCUUCACCCAAUUCCCCCAGGUGGUUUGUGAACUCUCAAAUCUCAAAACGUUGCACCUGGGUUAUAACCAGAUCCGAAGUUUACCUCCGGAACUGGGGGGACUGGGAGAGCUACGCAGCAUAUGGCUCGCUGGGAACCAGCUGAGCGAGUUCCCAUCAGUUCUACUGGAAAUGCAGUUUUUAGCUGUUGUCGACGUGGACAGGAAUAAGAUCCGCUACUUUCCACGUCUGUCUCAUCUACAGGGGUUGAAGCUUGUGAUCUAUGACCACAACCCCUGCGUCAACGCCCCUGUGAUCGCCGAUGGAGCCAGGAGGGUUGGACGCUGGGCGGACAAUUCAGAUGAAGAGGAAGACGAGGAAGACGAGUACAUCCCUAAACUACCGGGUGAAAGGACGGCAGAGCUUGAGGAAGGACAAACAUGAGGGAUAGAGAACACUGAUAAGGCAGAAGAAACUCCUGACCACCAGCUCUGGCAACGCUCAGAACUGCAUGUUCAAGGCUACCCCUCAAGUGCUAAAGUGGAUUACUGUUUAGAGAAUGGCCAGUUUAUUCUGCAUGAGCAAUACAAGCGCUCUUAGAAUAUGGGAAAAGAUAAUGGUAUUAUUUUGUAAUGAAACCUGGAAUUAGGGAGUUGCAGUAGCUCAGUGGGUAGAGCCUUAGAACAGUAUAUGCUGUUUUGAUGUCCUUGAGCAGAAAGCUUUACCAUCUAACUACUCAUAACAUGGCCUGGCUGUAGCAUGCCACAUGCAUGUCUGGCUUUGGUGUCUCUGUGCUUUUUGAAGGAAAUAUGUUGAUGCUUCUAUGCUAUUAAUAGUGUGCAGUGUCUAGUUAAUUGUUUAUAGAUCCAUUUUUUAAAUGUUCACCACUUUCUGACGAUAGCUUAAAUUGCAUUUGUCAAUUUGAAACAGAAAUGAUUGAUAUUGUGGAUAGACAAUAGGCACGACCAGCCAAGAUAUUAUAAAAUAUAUUCAGUAUACUAAUAUAAGGAAAUGUAUAUCAUGCAAACCUGUAUACACAUCUAACAAAUAUCUAUUAUAUUGACUUCAACGCGUGAGUUAUUUUUGUUCUAUUUAAAUUUUUCUUGGUGUGAUCAAAUGUCAGCACAAAGGCUAAGUACAGGGAUAUAUUUAUUAGAUUCAAGUGAUGGCUGAGUUCCUCCAUGCUGCUCCUCAUUCAGACCAAUGCAUAAUUGAUUUGAUAGAUUGCAGUCAUGGCUUUAAAUAAAACUGCUAAUAGGUUCUGUAAAAGGA